AUGGCGUGUUCGGGCAGUGCUACUCGCCGACUAGCGGUGCGCCUAAACCUACCAUUAGCAAAACAAGGUCUUGAAUGGCCAGAUCAACGUGCACAAUGUGUGCUUUCCUAUUUCAAAUUGUCAAUGUAUUACGGUCUGCAAUACGAUCCGGACUUUUGUCAGGUUCGGAAUCCGGCGAACAUCUGGGCUCUGUUACAGUUGAUUGAAAUGGGUUUGAACGACGAUUCGGCUGGAGCGGAGGCAGAGGCGGAUGAUGUCCCGGCAGUUGUCGAGGACGUCGACACGAGUGAUGAUAACAACGACCUUCCAGCUCAACUUCCCGUGGUUGACGACGGAGCAGUCGACGUUGUUGUUCCUCUUGAGGCACAAGAAGUCGAUCCUUCUGAAAACGACGCGGAACAAGUGCCAGAUUCAGUCCCAGAGGAAGAAAUUCAAAACAUCCUCGAUCAGAUACAAGAACCAGCACCGCAACUUGACGUCGAAGGUGGGUCAGCCAAUCAAUUAUCGAUUUUCCUCAUUUCGUUUCUUCUACAGUAG